GCUGCUAUUUGUGUCCGUCAAAGUCAACCAUGGCAGGCUCAGAAAUGUUUAAUACUGCUCUUUUUACGAUUAACAACUUUCUUCAGCAAGAACAGCACAGAGCAGCUCUAGCGGUUAUAAAAGGCUUCAGAAAUGGCGCUGUAUACGGAGCUAAAAUCAGAGCACCACACGCUUUGGUUAUGACAUUUCUGUUCAGAAGUGGCAGUUUGAAGGACAAGCUCAAAGCCAUUUUAAAGGCGACGUACACCCACUCCAGAAACUUGGCAUAUUUUGUGUUCACAUACAAAGGGUUGAAAGCUCUGCAGGAGAAGGUGCAGGGCAAGACUCGACAGUCCCAUGUGUUUCUUGCUGCCUGCGUCGGAGGGUGGCUGGUUUUUGGAGACAAUAAUAACAUCAAUAGUCAGAUCAACAUGUACCUGCUGUCCCGUAUCCUGUUCGCCUUGUCCCGUCUGGCCGUGGAGAAGGGAGUUAUACCCCAGCCCAAACACGACCCCUUCCCCCUGUUUGCCACUCUGGUCUGGGGCAUCGUCCUCUGGCUGUUUGAGUAUUACCCACACACCCUCCAGCCUUCACUGCAGUCAUCCAUGAACUACCUCUACCACGACAGCAACACGUGGCACGACAUCUCAGACUUUUUAGUUUUUAAUAAACCCAGGACUAGUUCUUAGAAAAGUCAAAAGUUUUGUGUCACAUGGACCAACUAUCUACAGUGUUGGCUCUGAGCUUUCCUGCCUUUGCUAUCAUUUAAUGUUGUGGUAACUCUUUUUAUUAUCAUUGUAGCUAAUUAUUAUUGGUUAUUAAAUUAUUUUGCUAUGUGCAUUUGAUUAGCUUUUUUCAACACAAGCCAAAUGCACUUUGAUACAAUGUAAUGUAAUUUUCAAUGCAAUGUAAAUAGUAUUAAUUUUGAAUGAAAAAUAAAAUAUUGAUUUUCAUUAUCUU